AUGCCAUGGCCGUUCAGCUCUUCCAGCUCAGGAAAAGCCCCCGCCACGAGCAGUUCAGAAAAUGAUGCGCGCGCCAAAUCAACAUCAUGGAACGACCUGUUGCCUAAACCUGCUCCGCCGUUGCAAGCCGCCAGAGAGUGGGCUCCUGUUUUCCUGACAUCGGUCGCAUCCUUGGCAGCUUUCAUGUUCUAUCAAACCCGUUUGCGGAGAUUUCCCACGACAAAUCACAUCCAGCCAGAUCUUUUCAGGAAGCGGACUCUUUUGGGACGAGUCACCAGCGUGGGAGAUGGCGAUAACUUUCACAUGUUCCAUACACCAGGCGGCAGACUUGCAGGCUGGGAUUGGCUGAGAAAGAUUCCCAACGCGAAAGCCACAUUGAAGGGGAAGACAAUACCUGUACGGAUGGCUGGAAUCGAUGCACCCGAGGGCGCACAUUUUGGUCGGCCGGGGCAGCCAGGGGCUACAGAAGCACUGCAAUGGCUGAGGGCUUACAUACUCAACAAACGCGUCUGGGCCCGAAUUCACAGGCGCGAUCAAUAUGAACGUGUGGUUGCAACAGUGUAUGUCCGACGGUUUCUGUUGAAGAAAGACGUCGGGCUGGAGAUGUUGAAGCUGGGGUUGGCAACGACAUAUGAGGCGAAAACAGGAGUUGAAUGGGGAGGGGCCGAAGAGGCAUACAAAGCUGCUGAGGCCAAGGCCAAGGCGAGGAAGAUUGGAAUCUGGAGUGGAAAAGCAAGUGACUUCGAGAGUCCCAGGGCAUACAAGACCAGAACCAACGAGACAGAAGGGAAGAAGCCUGGCUGGCUGUCUAGCUGGCUGUAA